AUGGCUGCAGCACCAAGCGAAACAAAAUUAUGGGGUGGUCGUUUUACCGGGGCCACUGACCCAUUGAUGGACCUUUAUAAUGCCUCCCUUCCUUAUGAUAAAAUCAUGUAUUCCGCUGAUAUUCAAGGUACAAAAGUCUAUACCGAAGGUCUCACCAAGCUUGGUCUCCUUACACCUUCCGAACUCGAAAAAAUCCACACUGGUCUCGACCAAAUCCAUACAGAAUGGGCCAGUGGUACAUUUGUAGAAAAACCAGGUGAUGAAGAUAUCCAUACUGCCAAUGAACGUCGAUUAGGUGAAAUAAUCGGACGUGAAAUUGCUGGGAAAGUCCAUACUGGUCGUUCUAGAAAUGAUCAAGUUGCAACCGAUAUGAGAAUCUAUGUUCGUGAUCGUUUAACUGAUUUGAUUUCCAAAUUGGGGAAUUUCAUUCAAGCUAUUGUUGCUCGUGCUGAAUCUGAAAUUGAUGUCCUCAUGCCCGGGUAUACUCAUCUUCAAAGAGCUCAACCUAUUAGAUGGGCUCAUUGGUUAAGUUCUUAUGCUACCUAUUUCACUGAAGAUUAUAAGCGUCUUCAACAAAUUCAAGAACGUGUUAAUCAAUGUCCAUUAGGAUCAGGUGCUCUUGCUGGACAUCCAUAUGGAAUUGAUCGUGAAUUUUUGGCUAAGGGAUUAGGAUUCUCUAGCGUGAUUGGAAAUUCCUUAACAGCAGUCAGUGAUCGUGAUUUUGUAGUUGAAACUUUGUUUUGGUGUACUUUGUUCAUGAAUCAUAUAUCUCGUUUCAGUGAAGAUUUGAUUAUUUAUUCAAGUGGAGAAUUUGAUUUUAUUAAGUUAGCUGAUGCAUAUUCUACAGGUAGUUCAUUAAUGCCACAAAAGAAGAAUCCUGAUUCGUUGGAAUUAUUAAGAGGAAAAUCCGGAAGAGUAUUUGGUUCAUUAUCUGGAUUCUUAAUGUCAUUGAAAUCAAUUCCAUCUACUUAUAAUAAAGAUAUGCAAGAAGACAAGGAACCUUUAUUUGAUGCCUUAACUACUGUUGAACAUUCUGUCUUGAUAGCAACUGGUGUCAUUAGUACUUUGAGAAUUAAUAAAGAAAAAAUGGAAAAUGCAUUAACUAUGGAUAUGUUAGCUACUGAUUUGGCUGAUUAUUUAGUUAGAAGGGGAGUCCCAUUUAGAGAAACCCAUCAUAUUUCUGGUGAAUGUGUUAGAAUGGCUGAAGAAUUGAACUUGUCUGGUAUUGAUCAAUUAAGUUUGGAACAAUUCAAGAAUAUUGAUUCUAGAUUCGGUGAUGAUGUUAAAGAAGAAGUGUUUAAUUUUGAACUUUGUGUUGAAAGAAGAAAUGCUAUUGGAGGAACUGCUAAAGUUGCUGUAUUAAAUCAAUUAAAGAAUUUAAAGCUGAGUUUAUAG